GCCUCACAGUGACAGUUUUAUAGUUUGACGUCAUAAAUAUCCCUCCGCGCACGUAUGCUUGCGUGCUAUUGACGGAAGUAGUUCCGGUACAUACUUGGAUCACCUUGAGCUCGCCUGUCCAGAGCGCAUCAGUUACAGACGAUCUCCUUCGAACGCAGGACAUUACCCGUCACUUCCAGCAUGCCUCACACUAAAGCUCAGGAUAUGGGCUCUGCCUUCAUCCAGACUCAGCAGCUCAAUGCUGCCAUGGCCGACACCUUCCUGGAGCACUUGUGUCUGCUGGACAUCGACUCUGAGCCCACCAUCGCCCGCAACACUGGAAUCAUCUGCACCAUUGGUCCAGCUUCUCGCUCUGUGGAAAUGCUGAAGGAGAUGAUCAAGUCUGGCAUGAACAUCGCCCGAAUGAACUUCUCUCAUGGCUCACAUGAGUACCACGGUGAAACUAUUAGAAAUGUGCGUGAGGCUUGUGCCAGCUUCCAGCCAGGCAGCAUCCAGUAUAGGCCAGUGGGCAUCGCCUUGGACACCAAGGGACCUGAGAUCAGGACCGGUCUCAUCAAAGGGAGCGGCACAGCAGAGGUCGAGCUGAAGAAAGGAAAUAAGAUCAGAGUGACUCUAGACGAUACUUUCAUGGAGAAUUGUGAUGAGGAUAACCUCUGGCUGGACUACAAGAAUAUCACAAAGGUGGUGGAAGUGGGCAGUAAGGUCUACAUUGAUGACGGGCUUAUCUCCCUCCAAGUUCUGGAGAUCGGCUCUGACUAUCUCAUCUGUGAGAUUGAGAAUGGUGGUUCUCUGGGCAGCAAGAAGGGUGUGAAUCUGCCCGGGGCUGCAGUCGACCUGCCUGCUGUGUCAGAUAAGGACAUCAAAGAUCUGCUGUUUGGUGUGGAGAUGGGAGUAGACAUGAUCUUCGCUUCCUUUAUCCGCAAAGCAGCCGACGUGCAUGAGGUCCGUAAGGUGCUGGGAGAGAAGGGCAAGAACAUUAAGAUUAUCAGCAAACUGGAGAACCAUGAAGGUGUGCGCAGAUUUGAUGAGAUCAUGGAGGCUAGUGAUGGCAUCAUGGUUGCUCGUGGUGACCUGGGUAUCGAAAUCCCAACAGAAAAGGUGUUCCUGGCCCAGAAGAUGAUGAUUGGUCGCUGCAACAGAGCAGGAAAGCCAAUCAUCUGUGCCACGCAGAUGUUGGAGAGCAUGAUUAAGAAGCCUCGCCCUACUCGUGCAGAGGGCAGCGAUGUGGCCAACGCAGUUUUGGAUGGAGCUGACUGCAUCAUGUUGAGUGGAGAGACAGCAAAGGGAGACUAUCCCCUGGAGGCAGUGCGCACCCAGCAUAUGAUUGCCCGAGAGGCAGAGGCAGCCAUGUUCCACAGGCAGCUGUUUGAGGAGCUGAGACGCUCCUCCUGUCUGACCCAUGACCCCUCAGACGCUGUUGCCGUUGGCGCCGUUGAGUCCUCCUUCAAAUGCUGCGCCAGUGCCCUUAUAAUACUCACCGAGACUGGAAGGUCUGCUCACCUGAUUUCACGGUACCGGCCCCGUGCCCCAAUCAUAGCUGUGACCCGUAACGAGCAGACAGCCCGUCAGGCUCACCUGUACCGUGGUAUCUUCCCCAUAUUCUACAACAAUGCCGCCCAUGAUGUGUGGGCCGAAGACGUAGACCUGAGAGUCAACUUCGCCAUGGAAGUCGGUAAGGCUCGUGGAUUCUUCAAGACUGGUGAUGUUGUCAUUGUCCUGACCGGUUGGCGCCCAGGGUCUGGCUACACCAACACCAUGCGUGUCGUUCCAGUGUCAUAAAUGUUACGUGUCUGAACCACACUUCUCCAUUUUUCUUCCAUUGCUCCCCUCCUGCCCCCCUUUUUUUUUUUUUUUUUUUUUUUUCGGGCUUUCCGGACCAACUAUACGUUAUCAUUGCUUGGGUCCAGGCAGUAAAAUUACAGAAGCCUGACUUCUCCAGCAGGCCAGUGGACCAUCAUCACUUAGAUGUUUUAUUCUCACCUGAUUGGUUGUUCUCACUUUAUAUUUACUUUCCAGUCUCAGUGGCACAUUAGCCAACUAUAGUCUCACGUUUAUCCACAGAUGUGUUAUUCCGCAGAAAUUAAACCAGAGCGGUCUGUCUGCAUGCCUGUUUAAGCAUAGAGACGGGUAGGGAACUGUGAUUGUACUGUACAAAACAUUCCUUGUUUAGAAAGCACAUCCAUAGAACAAACAGCAGCUUUGUGAAAUUCCUAAAUUGCAUCCGGAACAUUUCCAACAUUUUCCUGUCUCUCUGAGUGGCGAGGGCUCACACAUAACUCUGGUUUUUGUGGCGUUACUCUGUUUGCUCUAUUUGCACAGUAUUUACACUCCCAAAUGUGCUGCAAACUAUGUUACAUUCUGUGUUAUACUUAACUGUGAGUGCAUAUUUUCUUUUCUUUCCCCAGACAGGGCAACCAAUGCUAUACAUAAAUAUAUUUUUGGCUUACCCAAGAGAAAUGUUAAUGUUGGAAUGCCCACAUUAGUUCAAUUAAAUUGAUUCAUUUGUGUGUUUAAGAAGAAUAAAAUCAUGGUUGAAGAUCGUUUCAGGAAAAACUGUUUUCUCUGAGCUGGAGAGAUGAAUAUUGAUUGGGCAGCAAUGGUCACGUUGCCCCCUCCCCAUCAAAUGUCGCACUUGUUCCUGUUUGCUGCUCCAGAAUGUUUGAGUGUGUGUGCGUGUGUUUAGGUCUACCUGCUUUAUGUCGCUAAGUGCAAGAUGUAAUCAUAAAUGUAAGAGUAAACUAUAGGACCAUUCUGAAGUGUUAUUCAAGAGUGAAUUAAUAAAGGAGUUGAGCACCUG